AUGGACGCGGGGCUGCUGAGUGUCAUCCUGGGCACUGUCCUAAUUGUAGGAUUUUGGCGAGAAGCUGGCGUGGCCUCCAGCCAAAACCUGGCGCUAAAGACCCCAAAGAGGCUGGAGGCCUUGUUCCUGACCUUGAGUGGAGAUGAGCUGACCGGGAAGGCUGCGUACGACAGCUCAGGAAGUUGUGAGACAGAAAAAAUAGUGGGCUCAGAAAUAGAUGUUUUGGGGAGAUCCUGCUUCCCAGGCCACAGGGAGACCCACGUGAUAGGCACGGACUACGAGCAGGACGCCAUUCUGAGGGUGUCCCUGCACUGGCAGGGCCAGGAUUUCCACGUGCUCAAAUACUUUAGUAAGCGCACCCCGCGGUGGGGGCUGGCCUCGCUCCCGCGUCCCGGAAACGGCCCAGCCCAGCCCCCUGGUGUCCCCACAGCUCGGACCCUUGAGGACGAGUACGGACCAGGCUUCUGGAGGUUCCGGGAGUUGACAACAGACAUAGGGCUGUACCUGGUGGCCCGGCACGGGAGGUGUGCCAAGCUCCUGAAGGAGGUGAGCCUCGCCCCCCGCUGCGCCGAGCCCCCAGGCUGAGUCUCCCGGCCUGACAGGGGGCCUGGGUCACUCUGGAUCCACGCUGCCAGAUGCGACCCUGGAGGCUGGGGGACUGAGGACAGGGCUGGGAGAGGGAAGGGGAGAGGCGGAGCCGGUACGUCCCACCCGGGUGGGGACACAGACCUCGUGUCUCAGGUUCCCACUGUGCUGGCCCAUCCCCUGCCUGAGCCCCGAGAGGUGGGGGACUAUCACCCUGCUUUGGAGGUAGAGAAACUGAGGCCCAGGGAGGCUGCUCACAGUCAUGCAGCUAAGACACGGGCUCCCACCUGUGGCCCCAACCACUGCCCUGAGGCCCUGCCCUUCUGUGUCUCAGGAGCUGAUCUAGAGGAUCCCCUGACCCCAGGCCAGCAUGGUCCGAGGCCCCUCCCGCCUGGCCUGCCUUGGCCCCAGGGGGCGGCUCGCACCCGCUCCGAAUAAACCCCAUGCCAAGCCCA